AUGAGAAUGGAUCCUGAAAAGGGUACUUUUGGCGGACUUUCCACGUCCUUCCAAGCGGAGCUCGAACCGCAAUAUGCCGACCUUCUCCUGUUCGCCUGCUGUUUGAUAUCGGGACUCAUGGACAGCACGAUAUACAGCGCCUAUAACACUUUCGUAUCUAUGCAAACUGGAAAUACCAUCUUCGUCGGACUAGGUGCAUCCUCACAAAAUCUCCGCCCCUAUGGCUGGGCUCGCUCGCUCACCUCGAUCGGGUCUUUUAUCCUGGGGUCAUUCCUAUUUGCACAGCUACAUCGCUUCCUCGGUGCGCGGCGGCGAGGAAGUUUGAUGCUCUCCUUCACCCUCCAGGCCUGUUUGAUCCUGCUGACAGCUGGACUUGUCCAAGGGGGCGCCAUAUCCAGUACCCUUGAUGGGAAGCUAUCAACAAAAGUGCCGCCGUGGGACCAAGAAGUCCCUAUUGUGCUUCUCAGUCUCCAAUCGGCAGGUCAGAUAGUGGCAAGUCGUGCCUUGGGCUUCAAUGAGAUCCCGACCGUGGUCAUAACCAGUCUUCUGUGUGAUCUGAUGUCGGAUCCGAAGCUGUUCCUCUUACGGAAUGAGAAGCGUGAUCGUAGAGUCAUUGCCUUUGUGUUGACACUCGUGGGUGCGAUCGUGGGCGGUUGGGUUACCAAGGCUACUCGUGCGAUUACUCCUAUCCUGUGGCUCUCUGCCGGGAUCAAAGCAUUGCUUGUUUUGGCUUGGGGCUUUUGGAAGGCCAAAUAG